AUGCUCACCACGAUUGAGGAGCUGCGACCAUGCUUCGUACACCGGACACAGCUGUAUGAUGGUUUCAUAGAGUGGACACACUUCUCGAAAUGGGAGCGUCUCCAUCGAUCAAUAGCGUAUGUAUGCCGUUUCGCUGUCAGCUGCCGAAAGACAAACAGGCAGUUGAGAGAAGUCGGUCGUCUCACAAACGAGGAGUUAGCAGCUGCUGAAAACGUGCUCUGGCGUGCUGUCCAAUCGACUAUCUAUUUAGAUGAAAUUGUGCUACUGAAAAAACACCAGGAAAACAAGUUUCAAGGUAACGUCAAGAAAACACUGAACAGUUCCAGUCCACUUUACAAUAUGUCUCCGUUUCUGGAUGAACACGGGGUGAUCAGGAUGGAGGGCCGAAUUGGAGAAGCUGUUUUCGUCUCGUAUGAUGCCAAGAAUCCUAUCAUCCUGCCAAGAGACCACCGUGUUACCUUUCUUAUAGCGGACUGGUAUCAUCGAACCUACCUACAUGCGAACAACAACACAGUAGUGAAUGAGAUGAAACAGCGAUUCAGAAUCCCACACCUACGGGCUCUCGUUCAUAAAGCGGGCAAACUGUGCAUGCUAUGCAGAGUGAAAAAGGCGAAGCCGCUGCAACCCAAGAUGGCACCUCUACCAAAGGCUAGACUAAGUCCGUUCACCCGUCCUUUCUCCUACGUUGGUCUGGACUAUUUCGGACCAAUGGCCGUCAAAGUAGGCCGAUCUUUAGCGAAACGGUGGGUGGCACUGUUUACGUGCUUGUCAGUCCGCGCCGUUCACCUGGAAGUAGUGCAUUCGUUGUCAACGGAGUCCUGCAAGAUGGCUAUUCGACGCUUCAUCGUACGCCAUGGAUCACCGCUUGAAAUAUAUAGCGACAAUGGUACAAAUUUCCAAGGCGCUAACCGAGAGCUCCAAGAGCAGAUGAAGUCCAUCAACCAGUCGCUAGCUGAAAUAUUCACGAAUGUCAACACUAAAUGGGUGUUCAACCCGCCAUCUGCUCCGCACAUGGGGGGCUCGUGGGAGCGACUUGUCCGUUCAGUGAAGACAGCAUUUGCAACCAUUAGCACCUGUAAGAACCCGAGCGAAGAAACCUUUGCUACCAUAAUAACGGAGGCAGAAGGAGUAGUCAAUUCACGUCCGUUGACUUUCAUCUCCUUAGAAGCAGACGAUCAAGAAGCACUAACUCCGAACCAUUUCCUGCUGCUGAAUUCAAAUGGAGUGGUUCAAAGGCAGCAAGAUCUUAUCGAACCGAAAGAAGCAUCGAAGACUAAUUGGAAGCUUGCUAGAUACAUGGUUGACCAAUUUUGA